AUGGCAUACAGACAAGAAGGAAGGCUGUUAAAAUCUCAUGGCAGGACUCAUGACAGCUCAGAGGUCCAGAGCACUCGAGUGUUGCUGCAGAUCAGUUCUGCGUGCAGCUCCACGUCCAGCAGGAUCCGCAAAGAAGAAGAGAAAGAACAGAAGGUAUCGCUUCAGGAACAGCUCGUGGAGAGAGAUCAGCAUAUCACCAGGUUGCAGGAUGCACUUCAGUGUGAGAGGGAGAAGAACUCCAGGCUGCAGUCUCGUUGUAACCAGCAGGCUUUAGAAUUAAAGCGCAGAGAGCAGCUGGUCAACAGGAUGAGGGAGAAGCUCUCCCAGUUUACAGACAGACACAGAGACAGAGGCGUGUCUAUAGAGAUCUUAAACGCUCUUCCUAAGCCGUCAGGACAGAGAGAGCCUGUGUCCCGGAGCGCACGGCCUGAUGGGAGGAAAGAGGAGGCUCUGAGGUUAAUGCUGGAGAGGAGGGAGGCUGAGCUCAGGGAGGCUAUGAAGCUGCGUCACAGCCUCACGACGCUACUGCACACGCUCAGAACUGACAUGCAGCAGACUCUAAACGAGAUCGUGGACUCUGAGGACGAGAAGACGGACACGAGCAGGCUGGUCCAAGCGGAGCAGUCGCUUGGUGAUCAUGUGACAGGGGGUGUGUUUCUGGAGUGGACGCACGUCCAGCAGAGGCUGAGGGAUCUGCAGUCACAAAGUCCAGCUGCAGUGGGAACAGACCAGGAGAAGCUCUUGGCUCAGCUUGAAGAAGAGCUGGAGCAGAGCAGAGAGCUGGUCCGAGUGCAGCAGCAGCUACUGCAGGACAGUGUGAUCGCUCCUCUCCCAGACCCACUGAUCGACUCUUACUAUCUGGAGGAGUGGGAGCGGCUGCAGGACAAGUGGGCCGAGUUUGACAGGCAAAGGCGGAGCUUCCAGCAGGAGAGGCAGGCCUUCACUGAUGCUGCAAUCCGAUUGGGCCGUGAGAGAUGUGAGUUUGAGCAGCAGAAGGCGUCUCUGUUAAAACAGCAGUUCCUCAGCACAUCUCCGGUUAUGAAGACUUCACACUCCAACAGGAGAGAGAGCACAGCACUCAGUGAACUGCGGAUGAUGGCUCCAGAUCGGCUGUCUCUCUCCCCCUGCAUCACUCCAUCCUCUGAAGGCUCAGAGGUCAUGCCCUGGUCAGAGCAGAAUACAGGAAUGACCCCCAAUACCCCUGAGCUUUACUGUGUCCUUCAGCUGCCAUUGUACUGCAGGGAAAGUGCCAGUCCUCCAUCUGAGACCUGGGUGAAGGAGACACAGAGAGUUGACUUCAGCCAUGACAAACAAAACAUGGACAACUGGCCCUUUUAAUUCUGUGUGUGUGUGAUGCAGUUUGUAUAAAUAAAGUC